AGAGUGAUUCUUUUACUCCCUUCUCAAGCGGACGUCGCCGUCUCUACUGCUUCUUCUUCUAACUCUUAGCUCCAUCCUUUUUUUUUCUUUUUUUUUUUGGGUAGAAGCUUCAAUUUCAAGUCUGUGUAAUGGCGUAGCUAAAUCUCUGGUUAACUCCGGUUCUUAGCGUUUUCUUUUGUUCUCUUUUGCUCUCCUUCUACAAAUAAAAAAUCGCCGGAUCUUGCUUGCACGAACUUCUCCGACGCAUCUUCUUUCACAGAGUUUGCGUCGUUUUAUAAAAAAUCCAUACUUGUUUUCUGGGAAAAUUCGUGUUGUGUGUUUUUGACUAGGUCUGACUGAAUCUUAGAGUCGACGAAGAAACCUGUGUGGGGAGUGUAGCUUUAAUUUUAAGGUUUUGUAUUUGGUCAACAACAUCAGAAACAGGCGUGCGGAGAUGUUGAGCUUUCUAGAUUCAGUUGUUGUGGAGAAUAGUUGUGAACAUUGAAGGAUUCGUGGUUUUUAUACUCUGCUCUAAUGAAGAACGAACAGACCACACAGGAGUUGCAGUCUUCCACCCAAGGUGAACAGAAACUUAAACAACCAAUAGAAGCUCCUGUACAAGAUUCUGGUUCUGCAUCUGGCUCUAGUAAUGACGCUAGGAAAGUUUCAAGGGAAGAUAUUGAAUUUGUCCAAAAUUUGAUAGAAAGAUGUCUUCAGUUGUACAUGAGUAAAGAUGAGGUCGUGAAGACCCUCUUGUCCCGUGCAAGGAUUGAUCCUGGAUUUACAAGCUUAGUAUGGCAGAAAUUGGAAGAAGAAAACGCCGAGUUUUUCAGGGCAUAUUACAUCAGAAUGAAACUAAAAAGGCAAAUAGUUGUAUUCAACCAUUUGCUUGAGAACCAGUAUCAGCUCACGAAGUAUCAUGCACAUGGGAAAGCUCCUAUGGUGGUCCCGAUGCAGAACGGGAUUCAUCCCAUGGCACCUGUGAACAACAUGCCCAUGGGAUACCCAGUACUACAACCACAUCCUCAGAUGCAUGCUCGAGGUCAUCCCCAUCUUGAUCCUAUGGGUGGAGUGUCAAGCUGCCAUGUGGUUAGUGGAAUCCCUGCACCUGCUAAUUUCCAACCAAUGAGGAUGAACUCAGGGAAUGAUAUGGUAGUAGAUACAACCAUGGCUGAUCCAGCUCCAGUGAUUCCACCAAGCAGUGGUAUGUCGGAUGUGCCAGUGAGUCCAGCUUCUGCAGGGUCAGGUGGACACUUUCCCUUUGCUGCUUCAGAUAUGCCAGACAUGGGAAUGGACACGGCAGCUCUUGAUUCUGCUUUCACAUCUGAUGUCACAACUUCAGUAGGGUUAGAACUUGGAUCAGAUGGAGGAGCUGGAAGUUCUAGAGACCCUCUCAGGCCAUUUGAUCAGAUACCUUGGGACUUUAGUCUCUCUGACCUCACAGAUUUGUCAAAUCUCGGAGAUUUAGGAGCCUUAGAAAACUAUCCAGGUUCUCCUUUUCUUCCAUCCGAUUCUGACCUUAUGCUCGAUUCUCCCGAACAAGAUGACAUAGAUGAAUUCUUAGUGGAUCCGGUCCCAGAACCUCCAUGUCCUCAGUCAGAAGAAGACAAGUUGUAGAUUGGCCCCGCCCAGAAGUAAUCUUCCAAACCAAUGUUAAUGGUCCUGUCUGCAUAUAUUAUGUAAUUAAAGGUUGUUUUCAUAUAAAUCUCUCAAGUCUUUAAUGUAAGGUCAUGUUCACAUCUAGCAAGCAAGCAAGCAAGCUAAAUGAUCUCUUUUCUUUUCAUCUUCUAAUGUUAAUGGGGAUAGACUUAGAUUAAUUGGGUCAGUGUUGUCCUUUAUUUUGGGACUCUGCAAGCAUGUUGUAGAGUCCCUACCAUUGUAUAAAAACAUCUUCCAAUAAUCUAUGUUCUUGUUCAAGUA